UGGUCAUGUGCAAGAGACAAACGUCUUCAUGGACCUUUCCCUGAUUUUCCCAAGCGAUGUUUUCUCUGCAUUCUGCUACUGCAGCGUCCCAACCAAAACGCUCAGCCUACACUCUCGCAACAUUAGCCUUUUAAUAUUGCAUGAAAGAAACAUACCAAGUCCUCGAUAACUUUAUUUCUUAUUUACUUGACGUACCAGGGCUAGCUUUCUCUUCUCUGUGCAUACCCGAACUCAACACAUCGACAGAAGAGCCUCUGCUGUUCAUAAUCUGUAUAGUUUCACUGUAACAUCAUGUAUUAUUUAUACAGAGUCACCAAAAGAAAAUGCAUGGAUUACCCACCUGCAUUAGGUCAUGGUGGAUGGAAUGAUGAGCGCGUGAAGAAAAACACAACAGUGAUCUGCAUAAAAUACGGUGAAAGAAUACUGAGGCGGUGGGAAACUCCAAUCACGUGAUAGAAGAACACCCAUACCAUUGGACAGGGCUGCAUUGGCCUUCUUGUUUUGAAUCCUCACAAUGCAGAAAGCUACUUUCUACGAUAAUUCUGGAGUCUUUGGAAGCUACUCUUACCCCAAAUCCGAGUCAUAUAGUUAUGGCCCCAGUCACCAGCCAUACUCCACUUCUAACCUUGAGAGUGAUUAUCAGGGUUCAGUUUGUCCAAUACAAACCCCAACUGUACGGCCACCAACUCAUAAAGACAAUACCAUGGAUGGAAACUGCACGAGAUCCAGUAGCAGCCAAGGAAACAGCCAACUGCCGAGUAUUCGUGAACAGCCGCAAGCGCCUCCAUUGUCGGCCUCUUCGCCUAACUCCAGCAACACUCCAUCCCAGAAGAAGAAAUCUCCCUCAAACAAUGAUUCUCAUACUGCCACACCAGUCACUAACAAACAAAUAUUCCCAUGGAUGAAGGAGACGCGAUCGAACGCCAAACUGAAAAGCAACAGCAGCAACAACAAUUGCUCAACCGCAGAAGGUGAGUCCUGCGAUGAAAAAAGCCCACCUGGUCCAGCCUCCAAACGGGUCCGAACUGCUUACACCAGUGCACAACUUGUAGAACUUGAGAAGGAGUUCCAUUUCAACCGGUACCUGUGUCGUCCCCGAAGAGUGGAGAUGGCUAAUUUAUUGAAUCUCACUGAGCGCCAAAUAAAGAUCUGGUUUCAAAACAGAAGGAUGAAGUACAAAAAGGAUCAGAAGGCUAAGGGGAUAAUGCACUCUCCCAUCGGACACUCCCCGGACAGAAGCCCACCAUUAAGUGGUCCAAAUCACAUCGGAUAUUCUGUCAACGUAAACUGUCUCAGCUAUGACGCACCGUCGCCCCCUUCAUUCGCCAAACCCCAGCAAAACAUGUACGGCUUGGCAGCUUACACGGCACCAUUAGGUGGCUGUAUACCGCAACAGAAAAGGUAUCCGGGCUCCGAAUACGAGCACCACAGCAUGCAAGGCAAUGGUGGCUUUGCCAACGCUAAUUUGCAAGGCAGUCCGGUGUACGUUGGGGGAAACUUCGUUGAUUCCAUGCCAGCCUCGGGUCCCAUGUUCAACCUCGGCCAUCUACCCCAUCCCUCAUCCGCCAGCGUGGACUACAGCUGUGCCGCUCAGAUUCCAGGCAACCACCACCAUGGACCCUGUGAUCCCCAUCCCACAUAUACAGACCUCAGCUCUCACCAUGCGUCUCAGGGAAGGAUUCAGGAAGCGCCUAAACUAACGCAUUUGUAAAAUGUGAGGAUUUUGUCUGUGCCCAAAUUCUGUUAGGCUCUUUUAUUAUCUCAGUAGUCUCAAGUCAUUUAUAUGAUUACACUAAAAGUCAGCCAUGUAUUACCAGUGUUAUUAUUGACAUUACUAUUAAUGCUAUUGUGUAAUAAUUACUUUCUAAGAAUAUGUCUGGGCCAUUUUUCUUGACUGUUGAGGAUGCGCAGGAGAGACCGUUUGUCUGUUGAGGAUGCGCAGGAGAGACCGUUUGUCUGUUGAGGAUGCGCAGGAGAGACCGUUUGUCUGUUGAGGAUGCGCAGGAGAGACCGUUUGUCUGUUGAGGAUGCGCAGGAGACCGUUUGUCUGUUGCUCGUUUUCUGAAGUGCAAUGCGCAGUAUUGGGGACGGAAAACGUCAUUAACAUUACUUGAAGGUAAGUCCUGUAGAUCUGACAGUAGUUUCCCAUCUUUAUGGGUUUUUAUAAAAAUAAAAAAAGCUCUAAGGUGUCUGUUUGCUAUAUUUGAAGCGUCUUAUUUAUUUUUCCAAGAUUGUAUUGCAUUUAUCUAAUUUUCUGUAUGUAUUAUUUAAGGUUUUUGUAUUACACAUUAUUUAUAAUUUACAUGUAUGACUAUUUAUAUGGGCAUCUAGAAUUUAUGCAACAUCGUUGGACAGACUUUGACAUCAUGGCCCUUCAAUAGGUACACGGGUUUUUGGUGAAUGCUUGUUUUAAAAUAUGCCUUCAGAGGCUGGUGAUCUUAGGUUUGUUGUAGAAGGAACUCCUACGUGUAAAUCUGGGAAUAUUGGGGAAUUUUUCACGUGUCUAUGAAAAACAAAGUUAGGCUACAUGUAGCCCUAUCGAAAUACCGAAUAUUACAGAAAUGAAACACACCAGUAUGUCAUUUGUUGUCAUUGCCAAUUUUCAUAUCAGGUCAUUGUCAUUUCAUCAGUUGGACUGUCCAUGCAUACAUUUAUGAAACGCUAAUGAUAGGGAAAUGUUAUAUUUUAAUGUGUUUAACAUUUUGUAAAUAAAGUGCUUAAAUUUA